AUGACUGUUCGUGUUCAGAAGGAAAGUCGUUUUGGCAUCUUCACAGGUGAGCCAGGUUAUUCUGCCAGUUCACAUCAGAAGUGCACUUGCUGCUUUAUUCCAGGCUGUACCGAAGGUAAGAACGUGACCCUCAGCUACACGGAGGCAGGGACCAGUCUGUUCACCCUCAAUGCCUCGGUAUCCGGUUGUUAUGCCUCAUUCGGUGCCUACCCUCACUGGUGCCUCGGUAACAUGACCUCCUGCGCGACGAGUGGCCUGACUGUGGCCUUCUGGUUCAAACCUUAUCCUCUCAACAUCUCUUCAGACCCUGUCACGAUCCUUACCAACGGCGGAACGACCUCAUGCAGCGACGGCUUCUACUUCCUGCGCCGCUACGGAGACCAGUUCGAGGUCGGGGUAGCGCAAGGGAAACAGCGAUGGCGGACCACCGUGCGCCUGCAAACCGUCAACUCCUGGGUGCAUCUGGCCCUCGCGUGGUCCCAGGGAGCAGGCCUGAGGGUCAGGGUGGAUGGCUUGCACUGGCUGCCCGCAUCCAGCUACGAGAACCGUUCCUACGUCUCUGACCCCGAGUCACGUGCCGUGGAGGUCGGGGUGGACGCCUACGGAGAUGCUGUGACCUCACCCUGCACCUUUGACCUGCAGCGCGUCGACAUCGCAGACUCAGAGGCUGCGGUCGUUGCGCUCAGUGAAGAUCCAGAAUUUGACAAAAACUUGCUAGAAGGAUGCGCUGCUGCUGGAACCAUUGUAGCCCUCAACACCACGGACGUGACGAACCAGACCAAUCCCGCUGCCAGCUGCAGACAGCGUUGCUAUGACAACGGGCACGUUUUGGCCCUCUUGCGCAACAGCUCUGUCUGCAGCUGCAACAGCACUCUGUCUCUCCUCGCGCUUUUGCUCCCCACUCCCUGCGGCACCGGAAGCUGGAACGUCUACCGCGUGCAUCACGUGACCACGACCAGCGAGCUGACCAUGCGCGCCGGCAACCAGACGAUCACCGGCCGGAGUUACACGAAACCCAGCGAGGAUGUGGGCUUCUUCGCGACCCUCGACCUCAGCAUCGACACCACCUUUAACUUCACCUUCGACGACGGGGUGACGCUGCUGACCGCCGCACCUCCCGUGUACCAUUCCUUCGUCGCGGCCAGCGCGCACCAGGUCAAGGUCACUGCCUGGGUCGGGGUCGUCCAGGUCGGCACCAGUUUCAAGGUCGACAUCCAGGACGUCGACGAGGGCCGGGCGCCAGACCUGGUGGCUCUGACGUCAUACCACGAGGUGGAGCCCCGCACGGCGUUGCACUCCAUCCUCGUGGUGGACGAGGAGGUCAGCAACUGUUCGUUCCGCUUCGGCGACGGCGCAACACUGGGCCUGCCGCUGUUCCAGGACUUUGGCAGCAGUCAGAGGCGUCUUCACGGCUCGGGAAUGGGAGCCGGUCUACUCCCUUUGACUUACGGCAAUAAUUACAGCGUUCCAGCUGCGGGGAAUGUUAGCUUUCUGAAGAGUGUGGUGGUGGUUGUGAAUGGCGCUGCUGUGGCACACGACGUCGGUCGGAAUGGGGUCGUAGCACCACCAUCGUCAUUCACCGCGGGCGUCGACAAUGUCGUUGAGGUCAAGAUCGAUGACAUACUCGUCACCCGGCAUGUGGUGCGACCGGAAAGACAGCUGCCCAGCCCGACAAUUCUGGUGAGCGUUGAGCAUGCGCCCUGGACGUUGGUGACGAACGUGACCGUCACGGUUACAUCUUGUGACUCUGGGAGCCUCGUUGUGGACUUUGGCCUCGGUGACCUGCCGUUGCUUUUCUUUAUACAGGAAGCUACAGACUCCGUGGUGUUCUGGCAAGCAGUGAACUACACUGAAGUAGGCGCCUACCUCGUGACAGCUACCUUGUCCAACGACGUCACAAACACCAGCGACAGCAGCUGGGUGACGGUGGAAGUGCCUCUAGUGAGGUUCACUGCUACAGCUACCAAUGUGACGUCACUAACCGACCCUGUCGUGCUCACCCUCGACAUUAACAGAGGCUCUGCCGGCCCUGACAGGGUAGUCUUCACUGUAGAUUAUGGCGACGGUACGAAUCCCAAGAGUUAUUUCCAAGCUAACGACCAAGACAACUUCCAGCCCGUGAAGAUACCUUACAUGUACACUGACUGGGGCAUCUAUUCUAUCGCCAUCACUGCCUCCAACAACAUUUCCUCUCUUUCACAAAGUCUUCUUGUGCAGGUGGGCGACAACAUCACUUACGUGGACAUCACCAGCAGCAAGGACAGGGUGACUGUCUCGGAGAACGUGACUUUCAUCGUCACCUGUCCCACUGGGUCUGAUGUCUUGUACACUCUCACCUUUGGUGACGGCUCCACCCUCCUGGUGGACGAAAACAACAUGCGAACCACAGGACUGCGGUCGGCAGCGGAAGUGACGUCCGCUAGCACCGUCACUGUCACCCAUCAGGUGAGUUGGUCGCAUCGUUACACGACAGCGGGAUAUUACCAGGUGAAUGUCACAGCUCAGAACGCUUUCUCCCAAACGACAGCAAGUUUGUGCCCUCUGGUGGUGGUGGUGAACAGCACUGGAGUGACGUCACUCACGUGCACCCCACCUACCGUGGCCCUGUCGCUCCCAUACGACAGCACCAGCCUGCAAGCGCCGGUAGUAAACAAACGGUCCGCUGAAAUAACGGUGCAAGUCAAGGCUUCGGUCAACUGUCCACAGACCGUCACUACACUCGACUAUUCGUGGAAGGCGUUCGUGGUGGCCAACGAUAGUCGAGGGAGAGUGGUGGAGACCACUCUGCAAGACAUCUGCGUCUUCAAGAUGUCCAACAGCACGCUAGUAAUCCCCCCGCGGUCUCUUCCGUUUGGUUUGUCCAAACUGACCGUGACGGUGGCGCCCUCGGGUUAUGAACUGGUCACCUCUUCCAGGGACAUAUACCUGCAGGCUGUCCAGUCCGAGCCCGUGUCCAUCAUCGACGGAGGAGACGUGAAGACGAUAAUGGCGUACGCCACAGCCAUUCUGGACAUCUCGCAGUCCUACGACCCCGACCUCGACACCAAUGUCAGGAAGGACCUCGCUUUCUAUCUCUUCUGCAUGCCGGAAGCCUCGUCCAGGGCCGCAGCAAACCUGACACUGGAUGCCAUCAUGUCAGCGUCCCGUCUCCUAGGCAACAGAACCAUCUACCGCAUCACGACGAUGAAUGAGCUGUGGAUCUACGAGUACCAGCCAUGCUUCAGUGACUCGCAGCAGCUCAUGGUGGACCUCACCACCUACAGUGGCAAGAUCACUUUUCCCGCCGCCCAUUUCCUACCGCAGUACUUCUCUUUCGUCAUGGUGCUAUGGACACAGAGACAUGGUCUGUCCAGCAAGACAUCUCAGAUCAUUGAGGUGCACAGGAGUAACACUUCACUUUCGGAUCUUGGAUCCUUGCUGGACCUCGCCAUGAACGCCGACCCAGAGACGGCCAUCAGGCUCAUCGGAGGAGCCGCGGCUGCUAUCCUCCAAGCUGAUUCGUCGUCAGCAGACGACCAAGAGAGGUUGGCUCAGUCAGCAGAAGCUGUGGUCAGCACUCUAGGCUCUGUGGCUAAGAGAGUGGACAACGCCAACCAAGCGACAAAGUGUGCAAAUACUAUCAAAUCCAUGACCAGCAACUCGGACAUAGUAACUCAAGCGUCUCGGGGUUCUGCUGCUGGUGCGUUCCUGUCCCUUGCCAACGUUACCAGUACCAUGGAGGAUGCGACAGUGGACGAUGCCUCCUCCCUUGCUGGAGGUGAGAGUGUGUGGACAAGUUUUUAUGCUGUUGUGCGACACUUCUGUGGUGUGAUGAUGAUAUGUAUGGUGCCAUAUGUUGUAAUGAUUGGCAAUAGUUCUCACUGUGGUGUGAAUUAUGUUUUAUUUGCUGUAGGAGACGAGGUUGUUUGUAGUAAUGUUACCAAGUCUCUUCUAUCUUUUAACAUCUCUUUAUUCGCAGAAACCCUAGGAGGUCUUGCUAAUAUUUUUCCGGCCACGCAAACGGAGUCGAAGAAGUCGCCGCGGGACAUCGUCUCCGAUGCAGCUUCUCCGGAGACCACCACUGUCGCAGAGAUUCUGGCUGCCCGAAAUAUUACACUUGGAGACACCACCACUCCCUUCACCACUAAGGCUACAACAACUCCAUCGUCGACGGUGACCACAACCAUCCUGCCGGCCGUCAGCACAGGAACGUACACCGUCGACAGCAGCGGUUACACCAUCAGCGGCAUCAUCGUCUCUACUCUCGCGCUCUCCUCCAGCGCCACCGCAACUACAGCGGCGACGACAACUACCACAUCCACAUCAGCUCCGUCUGUCGUCACGGCGGAUUCUUCCAUCAGUGACUGGAUGCUCGAGCCCAGGGAGGAGCAGGGCUCUCCCUACGACGUUGCCGUACAAAGGCUGAGACAACUGCCAAACAAUCCCACUUAUGAUGAAUUAUUCACAUACAUCUUUGACGACUGCCUCCUCUUCCGCAAGGUUAUGAAAUCGGACGUAGUUCAAAACAACUGCCCCUGUAUGACGUCUGCUGAUGUCAACCUCAUGAAAUGUGAUGGCGACAAUUCACUUCAGGAUCGGGUGUUUGAGAUGAUGACAUACCUGGAGCACCCUGACGAUAUUUACGAGAUUUACAUCCGACCCUUAAACGCAGAGAAACAGCGCCGAGAUGACCUCCGGAGACAGACGGACGCUGACGUGGCAGGCGCAGGUAACUCAGCCCUCAACAAGGUCGCUAACAGCGUCAGCAACAAGGCUGGAGACAACUCGGAACGCACCUUUGAGACUCAACGGUUUGCCAUGAAGUUGCAGAAGGUGACGGUGGCAGACAUUGCAAACGGCACGAAUUCAUCAGGUGCCGAUGAAAGUAGCAAGACCCAAGUCAUGGCCACCUCAGUGGGAUCGUUCCAGAUGCCAACCGGUGUUUUGGCGGGUAUCGGGGACUGCCCCACCCUAAACACGAUGUUCCUGGGUGACUCCGAUAACCCCUACACGUUCUCAGAAGAGCAGUCGAGUGUCGGAAAGGGAGUGAUGUCGCUUGGUUACAGCUGUGGCGACGAGAAGGUGCAGGUACAGGAUGCAGAGCAACCCAUCGAGUUGUGGAUGCAACGCGAUGCUAGCAAGUACCAGCCCGGCCUGUUCGUCCUGCUGACCGACGUGUCCAACAAAAAUGCGCAGUUCAACUACCAUCCACUCAACCUCACUGAUUACAACUCAUCAAUUCAGAAACAACACCGAUACAAAAACCCGACUUCAGUAAUCAGGUGUGCUGGCACAGCAGCAGCAACUGAUUGUACAUGGAUCAACAUAACCCACACACACAGACAUACCUCCAUAGUGUUCACACUUCCCCACACAUUUGUACACGCUUUCUUUCCACACACAAGCCCUAUUUUUUUCCCCUACAUAUCUCUUUUGUUUUAUUGCCCUCUAUCAAAGACUUUCUAUCAUGCUUGCAUUUCAUAUACCGUUCAUACAUUCGUACCUUCACCUUUCAUACUCAUCCAUCUAUCCAUUCCUAAAUAUAGCUCCAGUUCGGAUAACUUCUGUCUGGAUAAUCCUGUGUUGAUGUUCCAGAUAGCUCUUGUCUCAAAAUUGCAGAUAACUCAUAUCUCGAUGUUGCAGGUGAUCAUCCGCCCCCAGGAGGAAAACGAGGCAUUUGAGGUCUACUUGCAGUUUGGGGAUUUCCCCAACACGACGUACUACGACUUCAAAGACACCGUGCCCAAGCCUGACCUCUCGCACUUGGCGCACACGCCUUCCCUUGGAACCCUUGCACCCGAGAUUCUGCAGGAGCUGCUGUAUACUGUCACAGUACCCGCCAACUUGACGAAAGAGAACGGAACUUACUGGAUAGGCAUCAAGCUGCUGAAGGGCACGGUGUCUAUUGACAACAGCUUGUCCAACACAUCUUACAGUCUCAUCAACCUGGUGUCUGGUUGCCGCUUUUGGGAUGAGGAGAGCAAGACCUGGUCUUCGGAGGGAUGUGAGGUGGGCCAGCUGACGUCACGGUGGAAAACCCAGUGUCUGUGCACGCAUCUCACAUCCUUCGGUUCAGACGCGGUGGUGCCACCCAACACCAUCGACUUCACCAACGUCUGGGCCAAGUUCAAUAACCUAGGUGAAAACGCCGCUGUGUUCUCCACGAUUAUCUCCCUCAUCGUGCUGUACAUUAUCAUGGUGAUAUGGGCGCGACACAUGGACAAGAAGGACCUCAUAAAGUGGGGUGCCAUUCCGUUAGAGGACAACCUGCCGUCCGACAAGUACCACUACCAGCUGGCGGUGUACACGGGUAUACGAAAGAAUGCCGGAACGGACUCACAAGUGCGCUUCAUCCUGUCGGGUGAUGAGGCAGACACCGGAGUCCGGCGACUCUACGAUGGCAAGAGAAAGCCAGGUUCAUGUCUGAUGUUUUACAAACUUUCCACCUGUGCUCGCAGCACCUGGCCAGGAGGCAGCAUCUUCAACUACGUGAUGAGCGUGGAGGAGCCCUUGGGCGCUCUCACCUUCAUGCGGAUCUGGCACGACAACGGAGGGAAGGGAAAGAGCAAGUCCUGGUACUUGGAUCAGAUCCAAGUCACUGACCUGCAAACUGGCGAGAGAUGGUACUUCCUGUGCGACCGGUGGCUGGCGGUGGAGGAGGACGAUGGCAUGGUGGACCGCAUCCUACCGGUGGCUGGCAUCCACGAGCUCAUCGCCUUCAAGCAUCUUUUCUCGUCCUCCGCACGCAAGAAGCUGGCCAACGAUCACCUGUGGUUCUCCGUCUUCUCGCGCCCCACACGCUCCAACUUCACCCGCGUGCAGCGCAUCUCCUGCUGCAUGUCGCUGCUCUUCCUCACCAUGAUCACCAACGCCAUGUGGUUCAAAACCGAGGACAAGCAGUCGCAGACCACUGGCAUCAGGCUCGGGCCCUUUCAGUUUACUCUCGGCCAGGUGUUCAUCAGCUUCAUGAGUACACUGAUUGUCUUUCCGGUCAACUUCCUGCUGGUGCUGCUGUUUCGCCGUUGCCGCCCGUGCAAGAACACUGUGAUGCAGGUGAACCAGUCGCAGCCCAAGAGAGGCAGAAGUAUCCGCUGGAAGAACAUUAACAGCGCCUCCACAUCCGCUCUCUGGGGCAAGCAGGUGAGUGCGUCUGUGGCACGCCCAUCAGGCUUCCGGAAGUUCAAAGAAAGUCUGUCUGAGAUCCUCAACUUUCACCAGAAGAAGCGGUAUGAGGAGGAGCCGCAUGAGCUGGCCGAUGCGGACGAUGGACGGCGCUCAGCGCCACCUGGACGGCCGGACAAAACGCAAGAGUCCUUGGAGCCUCCUCACUGGUGUAUUUACAUCGCAUGGGCCUUGUGUAUCCUAAGUAUCCUAGCAUCUGGGUUCUUCACGAUCCUCUACUCCAUGGAGUGGGGUGCUCAGAAGGCCAACGACUGGCUUGUCACAUUCGUCCUCUCCUUCUUCCAGUCAGUCAUCGUCAUACAGCCUGUGAAGGUGCUGCUGAUGGUGGCACUGAUAGCCUGCAUCUUCAAAAAGCCAGAUUUGGACGAAGAGGUACAAAACGAUGAUCUAGACAAGGUGCUGUCCCCCGAAGCUUUGGUUGCUGAAAAGGAUCCUGUCAGCCUCUCCCACAUUCAGAUGGAGCGGAAUGUGGCCAACGGUGACUAUGCACCGCCUGACCCCACGCUUCUGGCGGAGCAGCGUGAGCAACGGAUGAAAGAGAUUAAGAUGGAAGCCGUGUUGAAGGAGAUCAUCGUGUAUUUCUUUUUUGUCCUCAUCAUCUUCUUCAUCUCCUAUCAGCAGCGCGACCCGGCAUCCUACAACUUCGGCAGCAACAUCGGAAACAUCUUCCUCGACGGGCAUGACUCAAUCGCAACUGUUCCGGAUUACUGGGACUGGCUGGAGAACUCGUUCCUGCCAGCCUUCUUUGCCAGCACCUACUCCAACGGCACAGACAUUAAGUUCUGGCAAGACCGAGCCUGCAUAACUGACCGAAACCGUCGUCUGGGGGUCGCCAUGAUAAGACAACACAGAAUAAAGGAAAACACUUGUCAGAUUCAAGACGAGAUGAAAGAGAUCGUCCAUCAUUGCCGCGAUGCCUACAGCUGGACCAAUGACGACACCAAGGACUACCUGCCAGGUUGGACCGUGCCCACCGACGACCAGCGGGAGGAGCUAGAGGAUGCGGAGGGGGCCUUCGUAUACCAGAGCUCUGUGAAACUGAAAAAUGCGCCAUAUUGGGGUACCGUGACCACUUACAAAGGCGGCGGUUAUGUGUUGCUGACAAAGCGAGAGGCGCGUCGCACGGAGAAGGCUAUUAAGGAUGCCCAGGACAACGGCUGGUUGGACCAGCGCACUCGCGCUGUGUUUCUGGAGUUUACUGUCUACAACCCUAACGUUAACCUCUUUGCUUCUGUGGUUCUUCUGACGGAAUUUCUCACGACCGGCGGUGCUACGGCAACAGCAGACAUCAAGAUUUUCCGGCUUCUCUCCUACAUCGGUGGCUGGGGGCUGGUGGUUCUGAUCUUCGAGGUGACCUACGCCUUUUUCACGCUCUACUUCUUCGUGCGGUGUAUCAGCAUGGUCAAGAAGGAGCGUCUCAGAUACUUCGUCAACUUCUGGAAUUUACUGGAAUUCAUAUUGCUCUGCUUCGCCGUGGCCUGCAUCGUCUUGUACACCUUCAAACACAUACUGGCUGAGGUGGCCCUAACAGCACUCAAAGAUCGUACUUCCGACGGGUUUGUGAACUUCCAAUCCCUGGCGCUGUAUGACGAAGUGUAUGGCUACGUGAUGAGUGCUGUGGUCUACAUGGCUACCAUUCAGUUCCUCAAGCUCCUGCAAUUUAACAAAAAGAUGGGAAUGCUAGGCGACACGAUCAAACUGGCAGCAAAGGACCUCAAGGUUUUCUCCAUCGCAUUCCUGUUAUACUUCAUGGCUUUCGUCGUCACGGGUUAUCUACUUUUUGGCCAAAUGAUAACAACAUACAACAACAUCGUCGGGGCAGCGGAAAGCAUGUUCGCUUUCGCGCUCGGCGCCUUCGACUUCGAGAGCAUGUCCGACGCGCAACCCAUCCUGGGCCCCAUCUUCUUCUUCUCCUACAUCAUGGUGGUCUACAUCGGGCUGAUGUCCAUUUUCCUCACCAUCAUCGGCGACUCCUUCAGCCAGGUCAAGGACAACGUGGCCCUGCGCAGCAAUGAAUACGAAAUCGUUGACUUCAUGUGGACCCGCUUCAAGGGCCUCAUGGGCUUCUCGUGAAACUGUUUCUCUUGUCAGACACUUAUAGUCACCUCAUGAAUGUGCUAUACGUCUACUUUGACACUCAGUAGUUGUAUUCGAUGUUUGUUAUUUUUGUUUCUGAAGUCUGACCUUUUCCAAUAUUUUGGAAUAUAUUUAAAUCAUCUUUCGAGAAACUGAGCUAAGAAAUAUGUGUAAAGGGUAUUAAAAAAAGGGGAGAGGGCAGGGGGAAAAAAAGGGAUGAAGAAAGAUGUCGAUUAGAGAAACGAGGUGAUCGUGGCAACAAGACCAGAACAAGAAUUGCAGUAUAACUGCAAACAGUUAUCUCUGCAGAAGUGCAAUCAUUACAAGAUUUUUUAAAAUGCAAUUACCAGUUAUUUUCUAGUGGAUGAUGCUGAGGUUCGAUUUCUACAACAAUUACCCUUUACGUUUGCUGCCUUCUCUACUCCAUACCGGUGUUAACAGGUUAAUACUUUCCUGGUAUAAACCAAUAAACAAAAUUAUUUAAUAACUGUGCGGCAAAUCAUCAAAUGCAGAAGGAAAGAGUUUGAAGGAACUUUCAUAUUAAUCCUUUUUCAUUCUUAUUGAAUAAUGUCUUUUUAGACCUACGAUACAAUUUUAUAUCGGCUUAAGAAAAAGCUGAUAUGUGAAUUGUUAUAAACGUUUUAAAUGUACAUGUUUAUUUGACCCUUUGUGGAUGUUUCUGUGUUAUUAAUGACUAUAAUGACGUUUAUGCGCGUGAUAAAAAGUAACUAUUUAAGCGUUAUUCACUUUGAAAUGACUUAUGGCCAGACAUAAUGCAAUGGCCAUGAAUAUUGUUAGUCUUCUACACUUCUCAAAUCGUCUUCAAAAACACCAAUAACACCCUUUCUACUUGAUUUGAUAUUAUGUUAUUUUUCAGUUAUGAUCAUGUGUAGCAACCGUUGAUUAACAUAAUAAUUGAGUAUUUUUUAAAGCCAGUCUGCUGCUGUUGUUGUUUUAAAGAAGGUCUAAAAAUUAUUAUAAUACUCAGCCAGGUACUCAAGGAAUACAAAUAAUAUAUAUUUUAAAAUACUAUUAUAUUUUAUUAUAGAAUAUAAUUAAAUUAUCAGCAUAGAGACGAACAGACGAAAUUCGGAGAGUGUGUACUCAGAUUCUAUCAUUAUUAAGCGAUUUCUGUAGUCAAAACAGUUCAAGCGAAAAAAGGGUGAAAGGCACAUAGAUGAGGAGCAAUGUAUAAAUUUAACAAGGGUGAGUGGGUGGGAGGGAGGGUAGUUGAUGUGUUUCCUUGAUAGAUUUUAAACUUUAAUUUGACAUUUUGAACAAACCGAUUGUUAAGUGGUUUAGUUGAGUUCACUGGAUGUUCUUUCGUUUAGGGCACAACGUAGCCCAGGACUGGCUAUGUGUGUACGGGACUGAACCGAAAGAAGACGAUGCUGAAGUUUUACCUUUCAUUGUGAUGUAAUUACUAUAAAGCUGUUUGUUACCAUGGCCUUUCAUGAAAUCCGUCCAGAAUGUACAGGAGGUGUCAUACUGUUUAUGAAAAGCAGAACAUAUCUUCAUUGCAAUUGUUUGUAUCUCACCACGUUGUCACACACACACAUAUAUAUAUAGAGAGAAACUGAUCUUCUGUUCACGGAUUUUUCCCAAGGUACAUUUUUGCAGUGAGAUAUGUGUACACGACUGGGACCGAUUAAAUUACUGGUU